GUUUAAUACCAGAACACAUGUGGAGCUAUCCACCAUGGAUAGACCAAGUUAAGGCUGCCGAAACACGUAGAGAGAUGGGCUUUAGACGUAUCUUGUACGGAGAUUCAGAGUCAUAUCGCCAUAUGUGUCGUUUCAAUUCAGGUUUUUUUUUUCGUCACGAACUCAUAGAAAAAUAUGAUUAUUACUGGAGAUUAGAACCUGGCGUUGAGUUUACAUGUGAUAUCGAAUAUGACACUUUUAAAUUCAUUAAAGAAAACAAUAUUGCUUAUGGAUUUACUAUUGCACUUUUAGAAGUGAGCGAGACAAUUCCUACAUUAUGGAGAACAAUAGUUGAUUUCGUUUAUAAGUAUCCUCAGUAUAUUUCUGAUAAUAAUUUUAUUAGUUUUAUAACGGGGGAUGACAUGGCUACAUAUAAUGG